AUGAGCAACCUAGCUCAAGAUCCCGCUAUGAUUGUAAAUGGACGUCUUACUAGUGCGGCGAGGGCGGUGAACGAGCGUCGCAACAUUUUCGAGGAUGUUGUUGCAGAAGAAAAUGUAUUCCAGUUUAUUGGCUCUGCAAACAGCCAUACAACGAUUGCACGAAAAGUAACAGCCAAAACAAACGCGAGCCAGUGUCUGGGGGAUGCAUCCGACACUACAAUCCAGCAAAUCUCAAGCGACCGUAGUAGCAUCCCGGUGAAGAAACAGAAUCUUCCCCUUGGAAAACAGUCGGGCAAUUUCGAAAGGAUUGGCCGCACAGUACAUUAG